GCCAGGACUGGCUGGUGUUUCUGCUAUGGCUUUUCUCGUAUGCGAUUGUGCCUGGAAAACAUACAACAGCUUGUACGCCGCGGCCGAGUGCAGACCUAGCCAACUGCGGCGGAUCUGUCGCGCAGCACCUGCAGGCAACUGCGCUUCGCGAUCCCGACGCGUAUAUAACUUCACCCCCUCCCGCUCUUCUCACAACCCACACAAAGUCGCACCACUCGAGUCACUCGACUUCAGCUGCCCCAUCUGGUAUCCCAACUAUUAUGUCUUCCACCGCGACCAGCUCGACAUCCUCGACUUUGCCCACCUCCCCUAAAAACUACGAGGCUGCGCUUGCGGCACUCCAGUCGUCGUUCGGCAUCUCCGGCCAGAGCGUUCCGUGCGUCCAGCCCAAGCUUGUCAAAGGUACCAAGAAGAUCAAGGCCGGCGAGACGGUGUCGCCGUCCACGUCGAUGACGCGCCUCGAACUGGCGCACGCCGACCUGAUGGCCAAGUACGGCUAUGCAGGUGGGGCGUCUGUGCGGAAACCGCACAUUGCAUAGAAAGAG